CCACUUCUAAAUUCUCUCAUUUCUUUAGAAGUUUAUUAUAACAAAAAUAAAUCCUUAUAUUUUCAUUCUUGAUUCCGUAUAAACAUGACAGCCAUGAAAAGAAGCAGAGAAGAUAAUGGACAAGUGGAAGCAGAAGCCAUGGCUAACUGCGCCUUAAUGCUUUUGUCUCGUUUAAACAAUAACAACAACAAUAAUAAUGAUUUUGAAUGUAAAACUUGUAAUAAACGUUUCCCGUCUUUCCAAGCCCUCGGUGGACAUCGUGCAAGUCAUAAUAAUAAAUGGCCAAGAUUACUCGGAGAGUUUCUUUCUCAAACCAACAAAAAGAAUAAGAUACAUAAAUGCUCUAUUUGUGGUAUGGAGUUUUCAUUGGGUCAAGCAUUAGGCGGACACAUGAGGCGUCAUCGCGAUGAAAUUAAUAAAACGUCGACGAUGAUACCGAUAUUGAAGAAGUCAAAUAGCAGCAAGAGGAUUUUUUGUUUGGACUUAAACAUAACACCUCAUGAUGAUAAUGUUGAUUUCAAGUUAUGGCCAAUGGCAGAGGCUCCAUCUCCUGUCUUACGAAUAUUUAUUUAAUUAAUUCAUUUUAAGUAGACACUUUGCAUUCAUUUUCUUGUGUAUAAUCAUUAAUUAGUUCGUUAAUUCUUUUAUAUUUUUAGAGUUUUGGUUAUAUUUUUAGAUCAUAUGUUCGAUUUUACCAUGAAAAGUUAUGAUUCAAUCAGAAAA